CCGACGCGGGGCCCUGGAAACGUAGGCCGCGAGAUGCAGACUCUAAUAGGGGUUGACCCCAAGCCGGGAAAAGCAAGACCAGCUUGAACCCAGAGUCUGCGCGGGUCGUGAGGUGGAAACUGGCCCGAGGUCGGCGCACGGACAGAGCUGGGGGCUCGCCCCUGCCUGGGCGGGCGGCGGGCGCUCCACCCGGAGUUGAGAGUGGGGAUGGUGCCCAAAGCUGAAUGAACAGAGAGGAGGCUGGCCAGGCCUCCUUAGGUGUAAGUCCGGAUUUUGUCCGGACCACUGAAGGUCCCAGAAGGGCCUCUGUGCUCUCACACUGCAUCCCUACCUUCCUGCUAACCAGGUUAUGGUGUCUACGUAUUCCCAAAUUCUUUCUUUCGAUAUGAAGGAGAAUGGAAAGAGGGGAAGAUACACGGUCACGGGAAGCUGCUGUUUAACGAUGGAAGUUACUAUGAGGGCGAGUUUGCGGAUGGCGAGAUCACAGGGCUCGGGUGCCGGUACUGGGCCUGGUCAGGAAACACCUAUUCUGGACACUUCAUUCUGGGAGAGCCUCAAGGACAUGGCGUCAUGAAGUAUAAAGCCGGAGGCCACUAUGAAGGGGAGCUCUCUCGCGGCCUGAGGGCAGGACAGGGUUUUCUGGUGGACGGGGAAGGACAGGAGUACGAGGGGUCGUUCCAUGACAACAGAAGGCAUGGCCGGGGACAGAUGCUCUUUAAGAACGGUGAUAAGUAUGAAGGGGACUGGGUCCAGGACCGGCGUCAGGGACACGGGGUGCUGCACUGCGCUGACGGAUCCACCUACGAGGGACAGUGGCACAGUGAUGUCUUCAGUGGGCUGGGCAGCCUGGCCCACUACUCAGGAGUCACUUACUGUGGCCUGUGGAUCAACGGCCACCCAGUGGCUCCUCCGACGGGCAGGAGAGGGCUGGAGCUGCAGGGGUCGACCCUCCCAGCCGCUGACGCUGUCCUCUGCCCUCUCCCAGAACAAGCCACGAGGAUCGUCAUUCUGGGUCCAGAGGUGCUGGAAGUGGCCCAAGGAGCCCCCUUCACACUGCGGGUCCAGCUGCAGCAGGCCCACGGGGACCUUGCCAAGAGUGAGAGUGGCCGGGUCCUGAGGAUCUCCGCCGGCAUCAGAUACGUGCAGCUCCCAACCUAUUCCGAGGUCAGCUUUUUCAAAGUGGAUGAAGACCACCAAGAGACGCCCAUGCAGACGCCCUUUGGGUUCCAGUGCAUCUCCUAUCCCUUGUCCACCCCCACCUGGCGGGGCCCGGAGCCCAAGGCUGCCCAGGAAAGUGCCGGAGAUGAGUCACCACUCCCGGAGGGAGACCAAGGGGACACCCCCAGUGGCCUGGCUGCCAGGGGAGGCCAGUGCCACUGUCCCGAGGACCUUCGGCAGCGGGUGGAGCAAGGCUGUGCUGAGUUCCGGGACCUGCUCCUGGGGCCUCCUCCGGCUGGACGCCAGCCCUUCCUGUUCCUGCACAGCCCCCAUGAGAAGGCUGGCAGUAAGCCCAGAGAGAUGCCCACCGCCCAGGAGGCUGCAGGAGGCAGCAGACGGAUGCCACCCUCAGCACCCAACGGCCUACUGGGGCGGGCAGGCAGCUCACAGCUUCCCUGCCUGUGCUCACCUGCUGGACACCCUGGACACCCCAGCAGACCUCACUUAUCCUCCCCCAAAGCAACCUGUGCCCACAUCAGCAGCCACCGCUGUAUCCGAAGAUUUCCAACCAUAGGAGGGAGUGAGAGGGCGCCCCUGCACCUCCCAAGAGUGACAGGGACACACCAGCCUGAAAUUCCAGAGGAGCAGCUGGCUCUGAGUCACAGGAGGGAGGAGGGCUGGAGAAGCCCUGGCCCCUGCCUCACCUCCAGCAUGCUUCUGCAAUCUCUCCUGGGAUAAGAGAAGUUACCUUUGUGUUUCCUGAAUCCGGGGUCUCGAUGGAGGAAAGAGAGGCAGAGGGUCCCACGAACACCGUGCCCCAGUGUGGGCACAGUGUCUGGGCAUAGAGGUCCGUGCCUGGCUUGCCAACCCAGCCUCCCGUGUGAGGCCUGCAGACCAGGUCACGGUGUGCAAGAUGGCCUGACGAGGGGAGCCUGCAGCAAGGGCCCCGCAUGGACAGGCCAGUGCAGAGGUCCUGGACCAUCUGCUAGGAGACCAGAAGCACCCUUACUCCUGCUGUUACUCCUGCCUCUGGUAAGAUCAGGGCCACCCCAGGCCUUGCCACGCAUAGUCCAGGCUGCCCGUCUGGAGCCGCACACCUGAGGGGAUCCUGGGCUCCAGGAGCGCUCCUGUUGCCUCAGGAGGGGCUGCUUGCAUCCUCAGAGUCCAGGCCCUGGACUGCUGCCUCACCAUGCUCCCUGUGCCCAGGACCGGCUCAGGAGAGGGGAGCCGGGCGGGCGGCCUCCUUGAAGGGGUGGGUGGAGGCUCCCCCAGACCCGGCUGCCUGCUUCCCCGGGAGGGAGCACGUUUCUGUGGAGGGCCCCCGGCUGCAUUCCUGCGGACACAUUCCAGGCCCGUUACGGAAUUCCACAGCGCGACCAAGAGCUCUUGUCAGUCCCCGAGUGACGUGAAAUCGUGUCAGCUGCAGAAAACGGACUUGAUUUAGUGGACGUGGCCCUGAUUUUUCCCAGCCGCACACCAGCAUUCCAAAGAGCAGCACAGCUCUGCCUGCAUUUCCCCCAGCAAUCCUAAUUGCAAGCUUGGUGAUGGAAAAAUGCGUCUGCCUGCAAGCCCAUCAGCCCAGCCUGGUCCAGUCAGCCCUGCGAUGUGCAGGAGAAGCUAGCCCUGGGUGACCUUGGGCAUAGUUGCUCCUUGGUGGCUCUCAGCAGAGGGCCAGCUCGCCUGGUGCCUGACACACGCUGGAGGCUGACAGAACCCCUUCUCCUCUCCGGCUCAGAGAAAAAUGGGUUUAAUUAAGACUUCCGUGAUUAGUCAUUUAAUCAGUCAUUAGGCCAACACAGAUGGAGUCAAUUAAUUUUUUUUUUUUUACUUCAAAAGAUAAUGUUGCCAGCCUGCGCAGCCUCUCUGAGCCGACCAGGGGCGACCACGUGCACCUCACUCCAGCCUUGCGUUCCCUCCAAAGGCUGCUGCUCUCCUGACAGGGAGACACAGUGUCCUGGGCUCCCACCUUCCUCAGCCUGGAGAUGCAGGAUGGUGGCCAGCUGCUCCCUCCUCCAGCAUGAAGGGCAGCCCAGAGUGGCUUCCAGCUGGCCACAGAAUACCAACCCCCAGGGACACUUUGGCCAGGGCGGCCAGGCUCAGGGGGCCUGGAAGAGGAUGGGCACAGGGUCCUGCUGAGACCUUUCUUUGAACAUGGGCCCUGGUCAGUGGCCACGACCAGCAAGAUAGGCCCAGCCAUGGAGCAGCCACGCAGCCAGGGGCACGGGGCACACCAGGCACGUCUGGGCCCGCGACCUGAGGCGCUGACUGUCACAGAGCCCAGCGCCCUGCCGAGCACAGUGGGGGUCCGCAGACCCCAUGGAGGAAGACCCUGGGAUGGGGGGCACGGAGAAGCAGCUUGUAGUGCCCGUCCCCACCCCCGAGCACAGCAGAGAGUGUGAUGGCCAUGGGCGCCACCUCCCCCCCGCCUCCUAGGAGGUGACCUCUGCUGAGUGGAAGCCUCCAGGAAGCUGCAGGCUGCGCUCGCCUCAGGCGGGGAACGCUGAGUGCCCACCGGGGCACCUUGCUCCUCUGUGUCCCACACAGGUCC